AUGCUAUAGAAAUUCCUUGCAUGUAUUUUUUGGUCAUUCAUUUCACAUCAUUAAACCGUCACAAUGAGUCUGGGCAGCCUUCCAGUCAUAAAAAACCUGGUUUUUCGGUCCAGGCGAGAACGAGUGCCACUGACAACAGAUAUGAUUAGCCUUCCUCUAGGUGACUUCCGGCACACUAUGCAUGUGGGUAGAAAGGGUGAAGUCUUUGGAGAUACCGCAUUUCUCAGCAACUGUCACGAGAAACAAAGGCAUAAUCGUUGGAACUACAUAACCAAGAAACUCCGCCAGGCUAGAUGGAUGUCACCUGAACCCCAAUCCCCUGGGCAUCCCACUUCACCUCCACCUCCUCCAAUCUCCCCCAUCAUUAAGAAUGCUGUGUCCUUGCCACUUCUCAACAAGCGUAACUGGGAUGAUGAAAGAGAUGGGAGCUCAGAAGAAGCUUGGAACUGUACCUCAGAGACAAGCAGCCCUUACGGUCUGAAAUCUGGAUACUAUACCAUGCCUCGACUUUCCAGCUCAGAGGAACAGUCUGAGGAUACCAGCUCUCAGAAACCAGAUGAUGACUGGGUCAGCUCUGAGCUACCUGAUCGAGAGGAUGUCAGUGUCUGCACUGUCCCUGUGGAGCUUUCUAGCAGUCUGUGGCACUGUGACUCCAUGCAAUCCUUGGUUAUGGACUUUGGCCCUUCACUUACGGAGAUCCUGGAAGGGAUUAGCUUCUCCGGUACUCCCAAGAAAACUGAGGGUGCCAGUGGUUUCAGCGAUCCAUUCAUACCAACAACAAAUGAUGACCCAUUUCACCUUACCAUAGCUACUAACAUUGGCACAAUGGAGGUAAACCAAUCAUAUUGUGAUAUCCAGGUUCAAGAACCUGAAGGUCUUGCAUGUUGGGAGCCAGCAACCAUAGCUGAGGAUAUGGAGAUGGAUACAGACAGUGGAAUCACUGGAUCAGAACAGGGAAGCAGGGGAGUUACUGCUGAUCUAUGGGACUCUGGUGAUGGAGAUGGUUCUGAAAUAGAAAUGUAGACAUUCU